AUGAGUGAUGAGCUAACGUCGUCGGCGUUGCUAGAGCAACUUGUGUAUAUCGACAACUAUAUCAAUGGUACACAACCAAAUACUGAUAGUUCAACUGCUACGCCAAAUAUUGAUGUUGAUGGACAACUAAGUCUAGAUUUGGCUGCUUUUGCUGAUGAUUCGUUUAUAUUUCCUGAUGAGGACAAGCCUAAGCAUUUAUAUGAUCAUGACGAAGAAGAUGCCCAUGACGAUAACAAAAUCAAUAAAGAUGGGAAUCUCGCUGGUUCGGGAAGCAAUGACGGUUUGAAUGGAUGGAAUAUACAUGAGUUUAAUAGUUCAAGCUUGCUACCUAGUAUCAAACAAGAACCUGAAGUUGGGAGUUCCCAUCAGUACUUCCGGAAUCACAACAUUGAUGACGGUCAUGAGGAUGAAAACAGCAGAUUAAAUCAAUUCAAUUUGUUGCAGAGUCAUACCAAUAGUAGUGAAUCAGGACUUGGAAACGGUUUAAUAGAUGACUUUCAGAACAACAAAAACAACAAAAGCAAUAGCAACAAUGUACAUGGUCAUGAUUUGGAAAAUACCCACCAUCACGUUCAACCACACAAGCUAUUAAGUUUGAAUGAAUUGCCCAAGUUUCCCGUUCCACCGGGUGCAAAGAAUUCUUUGGUCAGUGCUGGUUUAUCACUGAAUCAAAUUGAUUUAUUAAGUGCAUUGAUUGCUCAACACCAGAGUAGUUUGGGUAAAACACUUUCUCAACAGGGACAAGAUACAAAAGAUGAAAGUAAUGGGGAAAGUUUGGGUGUACAGACUAUAAACAAUUACGUGGUGAAACAAGAACAACAACAAUCAUCAUCAAAUUUACCUUCAAAUAUUGCUCCACUCACUCCAAAUGCUGCAUCGCUAUCACCAACAGAUGUACCAACACGACAAUCGAAUCUACCAUUCCACCUUCCAUCGCAACAACAUCCAUCAUCAUCAUUGGCACAACUCAAUUCAAGCCUACAACUCCAAACAAGAUCGCGAAACCCCAGUGUAUCAUCCUUCAUUGACCCGACUUUACAACAUCGCGGAGGAACUAUGACUGUAGCAGCACCCUCAUCAACAACGGCCAGUUCUAAUUUGAGUCUGCCUGAUGCUGCUGAACUAGACAAGAAACGUCGCAAUACCGCCGCUAGUGCUCGAUUUCGAAUCAAGAAAAAGAUGAAGGAACAACAAAUGGAAAAUAAAAUCAAUUCAUUACAAGAAAUGAUUUCUUCGUUGGAGAAUAAAUUGAGUCAUUUGGAAAUGGAGAACAAAUUGUUACGUAAUUUGAUUAUUGAAAAGGGAAGUCAAAAGAGUGAUGAUGAGUUGAAAUUGUUGAAGGAAAAGGCUAAACGAGGUAAUCACUGA